CUCCUCGCGCAGGGCCUUUCCGGCUGCUGCUGCCGCUGCCUGCGGUUUGCUGCCCUGAGGGUUCCGCGUUGGGACGCGAUGUCUCUGCAAGGGGCGGUAGGGGCUGCGGAGUUGGUUUUCUAUGUCAAUGGCAGAAAGGUAAUAGAGAAAAAUGCCGAUCCUGAACAGAUGCUGCUGUUUUAUCUGCGAAAGAGACUCCGUCUUACAGGAACUAAGUAUGGCUGUGGAGGAGGUGGCUGUGGUGCCUGCACAGUGAUGAUAUCAACUUACGAGCCAGCUGCUAAGAAGAUACGACACUACUCAGCAAAUGCAUGCUUGCUUCCCAUUUGCUCCUUGCAUGGUAUGGCAGUCACCACAGUGGAAGGUGUUGGAAGUACAAGAACCAGAAUUCAUCCAGUUCAGGAAAGGCUUGCUAAGUGCCAUGGCUCCCAGUGUGGUUUCUGUACCCCUGGAAUGGUGAUGUCCAUAUACACUUUGUUAAGAAACCACCCAGAACCAACUUAUGAGCAGAUGACUGCAGCUCUGGCUGGGAACUUGUGCCGCUGUACUGGGUACAGGCCCAUCCUAGAUGCCUGUAAAACCUUUUGUAAGGAUUCUGUUUGUUGUCAAAGUAAAGCAAAUGGGAGCUGUUGCUUGGAUCAAGAAGAGGAUUUAUUUGACAGAAAAGAGAAGGAAUCUGCCAGACUGUUUUCACCAGAUGAAUUCCAGCCCUUAGAUCCCACCCAAGAGUUUAUAUUUCCUCCAGAACUAAUGAGAAUGGCUGAAAAUCAACCGAAAAGGACUCUGGUUUUUCAUGGGGAACGAAUGAUGUGGAUUUCUCCUGUAACCUUAGAUGAAUUACAGGAUCUGAAAGCUGCCCACCCCAAAGCACCUCUUGUUGUUGGAAACACUGGUGUGGGACCUGAUAUGAAAUUUAGAGGCGUGUUCCAUCCAAUUGUCAUUGCUCCUGCCAGGAUCCCAGAUCUGAAUGUGGUGAAAUGCAUGAGCGAUGGAUUAACUAUAGGAGCUGCCUGCAGCCUGUCUCUAAUGAAAGACGUCUUGAGAAAUGCAGUUUUGGAGUUACCUGAAGAGAAGACAAAGAUUUUCUAUGCGGUCUUGCAGCAGUUAAGAACACUGGGUGGAGAACAGAUAAGAAAUGUUGCUUCAUUAGGUGGAAACAUUGUAAGUCGAAAAUCAACCUCAGACUUGAACCCUAUUCUGGCAGCUGGCAAUUGUAUGCUUAAUCUGGCUUCGCAAGGAGGAAAGAGAUGGAUUCCUUUGAGUGAUAUUUUUGCAAAUGGAGUUGGUAACAAUGCUAUAAUGCCGGAAGAGGUUUUAGUCUCUGUCCGUAUUCCCCAUUCUAGGAAGGGAGAGUAUAUCUCUGCAUUUAGACAAGCACCUAGAAGAGAAAAUGCUCUCCCAAUAAUUAGUGCUGGAAUGAGAGUCCUUUUUGAAGAAGGUACAGACAAAAUAAAGGAUUUGAGCAUUUUCUAUGGAGGUGUUGCUUCAACAACAAUCUGUGCAAAGCAAACUUGUCAGACUCUUGUUGGAAGAUACUGGAAUGAAGAGAUGUUGGAUGAAGCUUCCAGGCUAAUCCUCAAUGAAAUAGUUCUUCCAGACUCAGCCUGGGAUGGGAAAGUAGAAUAUAAAAAAAUUCUGAUAGUUAGUUUCUUCUACAAAUUUUUCCUGGAAGUAUUACAGUCCUUGAAGACAAUGGACCCUUGUCGCUAUCCUGGCAUACCUGCGGAGUAUGAGAGUGUUCUAGAAAACUUCCAAACCAAAAUGCCCCAGAGUAUCCAAAUAUUCCAGAAUGUAGAGCUGAGUCAGUCUCCCCAGGAUCCUGUGGGACGGCCUAUUAUGCACCAGUCUGGAAUUAAGCAUGCCACUGGUGAAGCAGUUUACGUUGAUGAUAUUCCUUCUGUCGAUGGAGAGCUCUUCCUGGCUGUUGUCACUAGUUCCAGAGCUCAUGCUAAGAUUAUAGCUGUAGAUACCUCAGAGGCUCUGAAGGAACCAGGUGUGUUUGAUGUCAUAACAGCUAAUGAUGUACCAGCUACAAAUGAGUUUCACUACUCUGAUGAUCCAGAGAUUAUAUUUGCAAGAAACAAGGUAAUUUGUGUUGGUCAGAUUGUAUGUGCUGUAGCUGCAGAUUCAUAUGCUCAUGCCAAACAAGCUGCUGCAAAAGUGAAGAUAGAGUAUGAAGCGCUGGAACCUGUGAUCUUGACAAUUGAGGAUGCUAUAAAGCACAAUUCAUUCUUUGAGCCAAAAAGAAAAUUAGAACGUGGAGAUGUUGAUAAGGCAUUUGAAACUGUCGAUCAUAUACUUGAAGGGGAGAUUCACAUUGGGGGACAGGAACACUUUUAUAUGGAGACUCAGAGUGUCCUUGCUAUUCCAAAAGGAGAGGAUAAAGAAAUGGAUGUGUUUGUUUCAACACAACAUCCAGCAUUUAUCCAGGAGAUGGUAGCUGCAAGUCUAGGCGUUCCAGCAAACAGGAUCAUGUGCCAUGUUAAACGAGUUGGUGGAGCUUUUGGUGGGAAACUCCUGAAAGCUGGUUUACUGGCAUCAGUUGCUUCAGUGGCAGCAAACAAAACCAACAGAGCAGUCCGUCUUAUUCUGAGCCGGGGAGAUGAUAUGUUGAUCACUGGUGGCCGACAUCCUUUUAUUGGCAAAUACAAAGUUGGCUUCAUGAAUGAUGGUAGAGUCAGAGCUGUGGAUGCCAGAUAUUACAUUAAUGGCGGAUGCACCCCUGAUGAAUCUGUCCUGGUAGCAGAAGUGUCCUUAUUAAAAAUGGACAAUGUGUAUAAGAUUCCCAACUUGAGGUGCUGGGCUUCUGCUUGCAAAACAAACUUGCCAUCAAACACAGCAUUUCGAGGGUUUGGUUUUCCUCAGUCAGGACUGGUGACAGAAACUUGGAUAACAGGAGUUGCAGAGAAAACAGGUUUAUCACCAGAAAAGGUUAGGGAAAUAAAUAUGUAUAAGGAGGAUGAGCAAACACACUUCAAACAAAAACUUGAUCCACAAAACUUAGUACGUUGUUGGAAUGAAUGUUUGGAGAAAUCUGCAUACUACAGUAGGAAAACGGCUAUCGAGGAAUUUAACAAACAAAAUUACUGGAAGAAAAAAGGCAUUGCCAUUGUUCCAAUGAAGUUUCCAUUUGGACUAGGCUCACGUUACCUUUCUCAGGCUGCUGCUCUGGUUCAUAUUUAUACGGAUGGAUCUGUGCUUUUGACACAUGGUGGAAUUGAAUUGGGACAGGGUAUUCAUACAAAAAUGAUCCAGGUUGCUAGUCGGGAAUUAAACAUCCCAAUGUCAUACAUUCACUUCUGUGAAACAAGCACAACAACUGUUCCUAAUGCGUGUGCUUCAGCAGGAUCUGCAGGGACAGAUGUCAAUGGCAUGGCUGUGAAGGAUGCUUGCCAAACUCUUCUGAAACGCCUGCAGCCUAUCAUUAACAAGAACCCAAAAGGCAACUGGAACGAUUGGAUUAAAGAAGCCUUUAAACAAAGUGUGAGUCUUUCAGCUACUGGCUACUUCAGAGGCUAUGAUGAAAAUAUGGACUGGGAGAAAGGGGAAGGACAGCCAUUCACGUACUUUCUUUAUGGAACUGCUUGUUCAGAGGUUGAAAUUAACUGUUUAACGGGAGAUCACAAGAACCUCAGAACAGACAUAGUUAUGGACAUUGGAUGCAGCAUAAAUCCAGCUGUGGAUAUAGGACAGAUUGAAGGUGCCUUUGUUCAAGGCAUUGGACUUUACACAAUGGAAGAAUUGAAGUACUCUCCAGAAGGAGUCCUGCGUACUCGGGGUCCAGAUCAGUAUAAGAUCCCUGCUGUUUGUGAUAUUCCAGAACAGUUUAAUGUUUCCCUGCUGUCAUCUUCCCAAAAUCCGUAUGCCAUCUAUUCAUCCAAGGGGUUAGGUGAGGCAGGACUUUUCUUGGGAUGCUCUGUGUUCUUCGCAUUGAGGGAUGCAAUAACUCGUGUGAGGAAUGAAAGAGGACUAAAAAAGACCUUUGCCCUGAACAGCCCUCUGACUGCUGAACAAAUACGAGCAGCCUGCACAGAUGACUUUACGAAGAUGAUGACAAAUGAUGAAUCUGCUUUCUUCACUCCUUGGGCCAGAGUGCAUCAGACCUGAACAGAAUUCCAACUAUUGAUUUCCUGCUCCAAAGCACACUAAUCAACUCACAUAAAAUAAAGUAUUUUCGCAUUUUCAGAAUAGAAGCAUAUAUACAUUUAAAAAAAAGCACAUUACUCUUCUGUCAGUCUUCAUCUUUGGUCUGGUAUACUUACUACACCACUCGAGUUAUAGCAUUUAAUUAUUAGAAAUACAUCUCCAAACAUACUUAGUCCACAUGUCAUGCAGUGCAGGUCUUUGCAGACAUCUUGGUUGAAAAAUUGGAACUUUGUUUAUUAAAUUAAAUAUCUUUCUGAUAGCAAGUGAUUUGUAGUAAAGUGAUUUUAGAUUUGUCUUGGUACAGACAUCUUUGUGUUAAGAAUAUACGCGGAACUAGUAGUAUGAUUUUCUUUUGCUAUGCCAGGCAAAUUGGUAUGACCUAUACAGAUAGGACAUUGAUUUUGUCUUCAAAACUGGAAGAGUCACUUAGAUGUAGUUUCCCAUUAAGGCUUUCUUUUUGUCGUGGAACAGUUCAAAAGCCUCUGAAUUUAGUGGGAAAAUUCAUGUGGAGUUCAGUGUACUUUUAAAUAGAGGCCUGGAUGAACCUGUCUCUGGAAAGGAUUCUUAAACAGUGCUUAAUCCUGUUCUCUGCGCUGUACUGAGUCGUGAGAGUAAGUUAAGAGCUUUUCUUUCGCUCUUGAGCAUUACCGUGAUAAAAAAGACAAAAACAAAAUAACAGAAAACAGUUUAAAAACUGCAAAAGAUAUCUGCAAAUAUUGAUCAUCUGAUGCUGCCUAGGCAGCAGACAAGUAGUAGCAGCUGGAGACAGGAAAAUAUAAAGCAGCACUGUUUAAAAUGGUAACAAAUUCUGGUGAUAAUAAAUUUGAAGAAUGUAUUUAUUUGUAAUAUAAGACAAGUUCAAGAAAUUGUAUAGAAUAUAUUGAAAUGAAUAUAUUAUGGAAGCUCCAGUCACCGUUUUCUCAUUUCAGCGUUAGAAUCCAUAGAAUUGAGCUCAUGGAAAACUUCAGCCUUUCUUCUUGUUAAAGUGCAAAGUGGAAAUUUCAAUUCUGAAUGUAUUCACACGUACCCACAGAUAACCAAAAGUCUCUGGCAUUGGGAUUUAGGGCUUUGAUGUAAGAUGCAUCAUAACAGAGAAAUCAUUACGUUUUCAGUGUAUGUAUGUAUGUUUCAGAAAGUAACACUUGAAAAAAUUGUACUAGAUUCAUAGAAUCAUAGAAUCACCAAGGUUGGAAAAGACUCGCAAGAUCACGCAGUCCAACCAUGUACCCAUCACCAAUAGCUCUCACUAACCCGUGUCCCUCGACAUGUUAUUUCAUGAAGUCGAACAGUCACACGUUGAACAUGUGAUUUCUGUGAACCUCUGCAUCAUUUGUUCCUGACUGCUGUUUAUGAUGAAAAUUAGUGGCUCUAAUUGUUUCACACAUUGGUUUGUGGUCUCUCAUUUCACUUCUUAGUUUACCACCAACUAUUUUCUCUUCUUUCCUUUUAUAACCUGGUAUUGUAUUUGUGAGGGAAACCAAGAUAGCUGGUUGGACUUCUUUUGUUUUGCCUAUUAAAAUAUAAAUAUUUACUGCAA